AUGGAGGGUCAGACGGCAUCACUUACAUUUGCAGAAGGAAAGACGGAAUACGUGAGCAGUUGGGAUGGACCGGAAAGAGAGAGAGCGAGCUGGCAGCAUGUGAUAGCGGGCCCGUUGAUGAGUGAACAACUCGCUUGGAGCUUGAAUGGAGGGGCAAGCCGGCCUGGAACCUGGGAUGAGCCUGGAGAAACGCGACCCAAGAUUGGAUUGACCAGGAUCGUGCAUCUCCUUCCGUGCGCUCGCGCUCCCCGACAGCCCGCAUCCGAAUUCGCAGUGAAUAAGAGCUAUCGCGGAGCAGCGAGGAUAAGGAAUAAGGAAUCAAAACUGGACAGAGUGAGUUCAGGCCCCUCGGAAAGCAGUGUCGAACAAGCCACCCGCACUUGUCUCGAUAACGGCGGUAACGGUUGCGUUGUCGAAGUGGCAAGAGCCAAGUCAAAACAAAUGAACGACAGGCAUCGGGCAGCAAAUCAGGACUGUGAUUCGGAGCAACUGGCUGGAAGUACUAAUGUUCGUGUAGACGCAUGCAAAUUGCUAAUUUACGCGAAUUCCUCGUGGCUCCCGAUAAGAACGGGACUCCGCCGUGGUUCGCGCCGCAUGCUUAUCAGGGCGCCUACUUACGGGAAUGACUGUCACAAGGAAACCGGAUGGGUAACCGCUCUCGUUGAUCUCCUGCGGGAAGGUGCAAGCAUCAUCUUUGCGCCUGGACCUCGUCUCAGGUCCGGGGUUAGAGGCAUCUUUGACCCUUUGGCCCUCUGGACCAUCAACCUUCUCCGUGGAAGAUAUCUUACUAUCCAGACUGCUCCCAUCCACGGUCUUCGCUCUCCAGCCCAGUCUCUUCUAGUGCUGACCAUGUGCGUCGUACUUCUGUCCAUGCGAAAAUGGUCGCACCGUGCUGGACCUUCCAAUGCUGUCCGAGUGUCCUUCUGCGGCAUGUCGGUCGACGCUAGUCUUCCCGGAGUCUGGACGCGCCAACAACCUGGACGGCCAACUCCUGGUGGCUUGCUUGCUGCAUUCGCCGGCCGCGUAGAUUACAACAACCAAUGGCUUUUCACAUGUCCUGAAGGAUUCUCAUUCUCAUCGGCAGCUUUGACCAUCCUAGCUGACGGCUACUCCCUCUCUCGGGUAAGGAACGACGUGCACAGAUCGCGACCUCUAAUUGCACCUCCUCAUUUCCAAGGCUACAUGGGGCCCCAUGGCAACCUCAUCCGUGCUACAUUCGCUAGUGAACAUGGUCUCCUUGCAGUAAACCGCCACUACGUGGGGGUUUGUGCUCCUCCAUGGAACUCCGCUUUUACCCCAACAAUGUGGGAUAGGCUGGGAUUUCAUGUACGGGGAAUAUCGGCCGUGCGGGGAUGGAAGCACAAGCUCGGUGGGUUGACGGAAGUAGGUUUCCAAAUCUAG